AUGGGUAUGAGUUUCCAAAAGAAAGAAAACACUACCAGUAGGGAUAAUAUUAAUUCAUCAGGUGCUACAUUUGCAUGCUGGCAAUCAUCGAACUCGGAGAACCUAUUGAAAAAUCAACAACAAAUUGCUCAAGAGAGAGAAGACAUAAAGCAACUACAUGAUAGUUUAAAACGAAAACUUCGCGAACAUAACAUUAGUCGAAAGUUAUUGGCUGAAAUACGUCAAUGGGAAAAAGAAUCUCUUGCAGCGGUUAAAUUAGCAGCUAAAAAAGCUCGAAUGGAAAUAGAAGAACUGACAAAAAAGCCAAACAAACUAUUAAAUGGUUCAGUUAGUAAGCUAUCAAAAGAACUUACUUCGAAAUUAAAAUCUAAUAAAUUCACCAGUACUGAUAUUGAUCAAUGGAAACACCAAAUAGAAAAAUAUCAAAAUGACCUAAAGCAAAUGUCUGCAAUCAAUAUACAACCGUUAAAAUUGUCAUCGAACUCCCUGAUCAUAAUCUUAAAGACAAGCAUGGACGAAAAAGAAAUUAUUCACCCACCAUCAGAAAGUAUAGUUCGUUCGAAAGAAGAAUCUAGCCAAACAGAUGAACAGGUAAUGCUAACACAAGAUGCUCAUUGUGCAAGUAAAGAGCAGAAACUCCUCAUAACAAUAAGCACAGACGUACUGUCUCAGCCAUACCCAUGUAUUUCUUUUGGUCUCCAUCAGUCAAGUAAUUCGGAAAUGCAUAAAUUAUUCAAACAUCUGAUGUCUCUUCAGCCAAUGGAGAAAAAUGGAUCAAUGAGUGGUAACUGCCACUCUGAAACGACUCAAAUGGAAAAAUUUCUUUCAGAAACAUUCGAUUUUCAAAAUCUUCCUGGACAAUAUAUCGUACAAGGUGUCAAAGGAUUUCAGUUAGGCAGAUCGCUAUAUUCAAUGGAUCCGAAGAUGACAAUACAUUUUCCAAACAACACUACUGCAUCAUUUGCGAUGACCGUGCAAGAAAUACUCGGUUGGCAAGAAUCAUAUAAAGUUUAUGCGGACAAAAUUAUUGAGGGUAUGAAUGAAGAUUUUCUUCGACGAGCAUUACAAGGACAGAGUGAAUAUGGAGAAGAAGCAUUUCGUAUGAAAUUUGUUGUUCGUAUUUCACAAUGCCCUAUCUUGAUGGAAUUCGAUGCUCGCUUAAUACCUCGUGUACCUCAAGAUCAAUGGCCACACCGAAUUAAAUUAGUUUCAGUAACUGGUAUUGAUUUUGCUGGACGAAUACAUGAUGUAGAUGAUAUUCGGACUUAUGUUACAAAUUGGAAAGAUGUUUAUGAGAUCGAUCCGAAUUCGAAUUUACCACGAGUUUAUAAUAAAAGAGAUUUUCGUCGGAGACCUAAUGGUCCACAAGCAAAACUAGAUAUAGAUCGUCUUCGAAAUGAUUUAAUGCGUAUGACAAGACUUCGACUACGAGCAUGUGAUCAAGAAGAAGUGAAAAUUGUUGUUGAAACAGGUAUUGGACUUGGUGUAUUUGCUGGUAAAGUUAUCGGAAUCGAUGAAACUGUACGAUCACUUUCUGCAGUCGCUAUUCGAAAAGUACUGGAAGAAGAUGGACCAACUUAUCGAAACAUACGUGCCGUCGUGUUUGCUCUACCUAUUUUUGAUGUAGAUUAUCGAAAUGAUAAAAGACAAGAUACCUAUCAAGCCUUUGCUGAUGAAUUCAAUCGGAACAAUUACCAAGGUCCUAUUCCUGUAUUAAUUGCUGAUCAAGAUAUGCAUCGAUUAACUGUAGCUAUUGCUCAUAUGGGUUUUAAUGUUUCUGAGUUGAAUCCUGCUGACUCACAUGGUGUAUUUGGUGAAUAUUGGCAAAAUCGAGGACCAGCUGUGGAAGAAAAAUUAGCUUUAACUACAGUGGGUCUGCUUGUACAGCAUCAUCUCAUUAAUCCCUAUGUACUUGAUCCAAACCAUUACGAUUUUAUUGAAUUAAAGACAUAG